CAUGGCGCGCCCGCUGCCGCUGCUGCUGCUGGCGCUCGGGCUCGCCGCCGCCGCCAAGUCCCCGUACCAGCAGGUCCUGCAGCACAGCCGGCUCCGCGGCCGGCAGCACGGCCCCAACGUGUGCGCGGUGCAGAAGCUGAUCGGCACCAACAGGAAAUAUUUCACCAACUGCAAGCAGUGGUACCAGAGGAAGAUCUGCGGGAAGUCCACAGUAAUCAGUUACGAGUGCUGUCCUGGAUAUGAAAAAGUUCCUGGAGAAAAAGGCUGCCCAGCUGCUCUGCCACUUUCCAACAUCUAUGAAACCCUGGGAGUAGUUGGGUCUGCCACCACACAGCUCUACUCCGACCGCUCCAACCUAAGGCCAGAAAUCGAAGGACCUGGAAGUUUUACAAUUUUUGCUCCCAGUAAUGAGGCCUGGGCAUCCUUGUCUGCUGAAACUCUGGAUUCCUUAGUGAGUAACGUUAACAUUGAGCUGCUCAACGCCCUCCGCUACCACAUGGUGGACAAACGGGUCCUGACGGAUGAUCUGAAACACGGCACCACGCUCAGCUCCAUGUACCAGAACCUGCCCAUCCAGAUCCACCACUAUCCCAACGGGAUUGUGACUGUGAACUGUGCCAGGCUGUUGAAAGCUGACCACCACGCCACCAACGGAGUGGUUCAUGUCAUCGACAAAGUCAUCGCCACCACCACCAACAGCAUCCAGCAGAUCAUUGAGACUGAGGACAGCCUGGAAACCCUCCGGACUGCUGUGGCUGCAUCUGACCUCAGCAGCUUGCUGGAAAGCGAAGGCCAGUACACACUCCUGGCUCCAACCAACGAGGCCUUUGAGAAGAUCCCACGAGAAACACUGAACAGGAUCCUGGGAGACCCAGAAGCCCUGAGGGACCUGCUGAACCAUCACAUCCUGAAGUCAGCCAUGUGUGCUGAGGCCAUCAUUGCUGGCCUGACCAUGGAGACUCUGGAAGGAACCACCUUGGACGUGGGCUGCAGUGGGGAAGAGCUGACCCUCAACGGGAAGCCCAUCAUUGCCAACAAGGACGUCCUGGCAACCAACGGCGUUGUGCAUUUUGUCAAUGAGCUGCUGAUCCCAGACUCAGCUAAGACUGUGUUUGAGUUGGCACAAGAAUCUGAAGUUUCCAAGUCUACAGACCUUUUCAGACAAGCUGGUCUCAGUUCUCAUCUAACUGGCAGUGAGCAAGUGACCCUCCUUGCCCCAGUGAAUGAUGUGUUCAAAGAUGGACUCCCUGUUAUUGACAGCAACAUGAGAAACUUGCUUCUGAACCACAUUGUUAAAGACCAGCUCUCCUCUAAAUACCUGUAUCAUGGACAGAAACUUCAGACUCUGGGGGACAAGGAGCUGAGAGUUUUUGUGUACCGCAAUAACCUUUGCAUUGAAAACGCCUGCAUUGCUGCCCAUGACAAGAGGGGAAGGUUUGGGACCCUCUUUAGUGUGGACAAAAUGUUGACUCCUCCGACUGGCUCAGUGAUGGAUGUUCUCAAGGCAGACCAUCGCUUCAGUACGUUGGUGGCUGCAAUCCAGUCUGCAGGGCUGACAGAGAACCUCAACAGGCCGGGAACCUUCACGGUGUUCGCUCCCACAAAUGAAGCUUUCCAAGCCAUGCCCCAGGGGGAGCUCAACAAACUGCUGGGUAAUGCCAAGGAGCUUGCCAACAUCCUCAAGUUCCACGUGGCUGAUGAGAUCCUGGUGAGCGGCGCGGUCACUGCCCUGGUGAGGCUGAAAUCCAUGCAGGGAGACAAACUGGAGGUCAGCAUGAAGAACAACGUAAUACAUAUCAACAAGGAGCCUGUUGCUGAAAGUGAUAUCAUGGCCACAAAUGGUGUCAUUUAUGCAGUGAAUUCUGUCUUACAGCCACAGGCUUCAAGGCCACAAGAAAGAGGUGACGAGCCUGCAGAUCCUGCAUUAGAAAUCUUCAAACAGGCAUCUGCAUUAUCCAAGGUUUCUCAGAGGAAUCCUCGACUAGCCCCUGUGUACACCCGGAUACUGGCGAGGUUGAAGGAGAACUCGGGGGGAUUCUGAGCCCAUCGUGAGCAACCACGAGUC